GUAUAUGGGAAUAGGACUUUCUGCUCAAGGGGUCAACAUGAACAGGCUUCCUGGAUGGGAUAAACAUUCUUACGGGUACCAUGGUGACGAUGGGCACUCCUUCUGUUCUUCAGGGACGGGACAGCCCUAUGGCCCUACGUUCACCACAGGAGAUGUGAUCGGCUGCUGCGUCAACCUUAUCAACAAUACCUGCUUCUACACGAAAAAUGGCCACAGUUUAGGUAUAGCCUUUACAGAUCUCCCUUCAAAUCUCUACCCGACAGUGGGUCUCCAGACUCCAGGAGAGAUAGUCGAUGCCAACUUUGGGCAGCAGCCGUUUGUCUUCGACAUUGAGGACUACAUGAGGGAGUGGCGAGCGAAGAUUCAGAGCACCAUUAAGCGCUUUCCCAUAGGAGACAGACUAGGCGAGUGGCAAGCCAUGCUGCAGAAUAUGGUUUCUUCCUAUUUGGUUCAUCAUGGGUACUGUUCGACAGCAACUGCCUUUGCCAGAGUCACAGACACCACAAUCCAGGAAGAACAGACCUCAAUAAAGAAUAGACAAAGAAUACAGAAGCUAGUAUUAGCAGGCAGAGUGGGAGAGGCUAUAGAAGCCACCCAGCAGCUCUAUCCUGGCCUCCUAGAACAUAACCCCAACCUGCUCUUCAUGUUAAAGUGUCGGCAGUUUGUGGAGAUGGUGAAUGGGACAGACAGUGAAGUACGUUGUUUCAGCGCCCGCAGCCCCCGAUCCCAGGACAGUUACCCCGGGUCCCCCAGCUUAAGUCCUAGACAUGGAUCAAGCAACUCACACGUUCAUAGUACUG